AUGAAGUUCUCCGCUACCAUCAUGGGCGCUGCCCUCGUCGCCUCCGGCGCCUCUGCCCAGAAGGCCAUCGUCAAGAACAACUGCCCUUCGACCGUCUACGUCCAGUCGUACCCCUUCGAUGGCAGCGCUGCUGGCGCCUUGACUACCGUUAAGACCGGAGAGUCUUUCUCCGAGGACUUCCGUCCUUCCGGUUCGACUGUUAAGAUCGCCACCACCAAGACCCUCUCUAGCCCGCUGUUCUUCGGAUACUCUUUCAGCUCUAACCCCGACUAUGCCUACUAUGAACUCAGCACUGAAUGGGGCAACCCCUUCGCGAACUCGCACAACGUCCUCACCCCCGGCGACGGCUGCGAAAUCUUCGACUGUGCCGCUGGCCAGGCUGACUGCUACAGCACGCCCGCCCACAAGAAGGUGUUCGGCUGCCCGCAGCCCGUGGAUUUGGAGGCCAAUCUCUGCGCUUAA